CCCGCUCACACAGGAGUCACUUCCGAAGAGAGAGAACCGCCAUGAAGAGAGAAGGGGGUGCCGCCCAACUCUGCUCCGACAGCCUCCCGGAGUCCCAGCAGCAAGACGGCAACCACGCACCCAACUUCUCCAGCCACAGCUCAUGCCGCCGUCGCCAGCGGCGCCGACAUGACAAGGCGCUGCAUGCCCGCUAGGCCAGGUUUCCCCUCAUCCCCAGCCCCGGGGUCGUCGCCCCCGCGCUGCCAUCUGAGACCCGGUAGUACCGCCCCUGCUGCAGCGGGAAAGAGAACAAAGAGUCCUGGGGACAGGAAGCAGUCAAUUAUAGAUUUCUUCAAACCAGCUUCAAAACAAGACAGACAUAUGUUGGAUUCUCCACAAAAAUCAGACAUCAAAUAUGGAGGAAGUGGAUUCUCCAUCACUGGGACAGAACAGUUUGAAAGGAAACUAUCCUCACCAAAAAAAUCCAAACCCAAAAGGAUGCCAUCAGAAAAGAGCACUAUUUUAGAGGCUUUCAUGAAAGGUGUUAAAGAGCACCAUAAAGAUCGUGGUAUACAUGAGUCACGUCGACCUUGUGUGUCAAUAGCCACCAAAUAUCCAAAGGCAGUUACAAAAGUCUAUGUUCCUCCAUAUUGCUUGUCAAAGGAGAUGAAGACACUGAAGAAAAAACAUCGAUCUCCAGAGAGAAGGAAGUCACUGUUCAUUCAUGAAAAUAGCAGGGAGAAGAAUGAUAGAGAUCGAGACAAGACCAGUGCAGAUUCCAAAAAGCAGGCCACAGUGACAGAAGCUGACAUCUUCAAGAACAGCUCUAGAAGUCUUAGCAGCAGGAGCAGCCUAUCCAGGCACCACCCAGGAGAAAGUCCUUUGGGGGCUAAGUUCCAGUUGUCAUUAGCUUCUUACUGCAGAGAAAGAGAACUAAAGAAGUUGAGGAGGGAGCAAAUGGAGCAGAGAAUCAACUCAGAAAAUUCCUUCUCAAAAGCAAGCAAUCUUUCCUUAAAAUCCUCUAGUAUAGAAAGAAAAUGUAAACCAAGGCAGGAACAAAGUAAACAGAAUGAUGUCACACCUGGAAAGAGUAAUCUUUCAAACCUGGAAAAUGGACAUUUCUCAAGGAAAAGAGCCUCUUCUGAUUCAUGGGAACCUGCUUCAGCAGGGUCUAAGCAGAAUAAAUUCCCUGACAAAAGAAAAAGGAACUCUGUGGACUCAGAUCUGAAAAGCACAAGAGAAUGUAUAAUGCCAAAAGUAAAAGAGUCCUUCCUUGAGAAGCGUCCUGACGGAUCACAUCAGAGAGAGAAAUUUAUAAAACAUAUUGCACUGAAGACACCUGGGGAUGUGUUGCGCUUGGAAGAUAUAUCCAAGGAACCCAGUGAAGAAGUUGAUCGCUCCUCUGGAGGCUUGGCACCUUCAAAUUCUGGCCACCAUUCUUCCAGGAAUAGUGACCAAAUCCGUGUGGCAAGUACCAAAGAGACUAAGAUGCAGAAACCCCACUUAUCUUUACCUCAGGAAAAGUCUGCCGAUAAAAAAGCUAGCAGCCUUCAGAAAAAUAAACCUGCUAGUUCUGUGGCAUCAAAGGAGACAAAACUUCUACCUUUACUUUCCCAUGUUCCAAGUGCUGGUUCCUCUCGGGUACCAUUAAAUGCUAAAAAUUGCACUCUUCCAGUUCCUAAAAAAGAAAAAGAGCGUUCCUCAUCUAAAGAAUGUUCUGGGCAUUCUACAGAGUCCUCCAAACACAAGGAACACAAAGCAAAGACUGAUAAAGCUGAUUCUAAUGUAUCUUCAGGGAAAAUUUCUGGGGGAUCUUUGCAUUCAGAAUAUGGCACUCCUACAAAGUCUCCCCCAGCUGCUUUGGAAGUUGUGCCAUGUAUCCCAAGCCCUACAGCACCUUCAGAUAAAGCCCCUUCAGAUAAAGAGAGUUCAGGAAAUUCCAAUGCAGGUAGCAGUGCACUGAAAAGAAAACUAAGGGGUGAUUUUGAUAGUGAUGAAGAAAGUUUAGGUUACAACCUAGACAGUGAUGAGGAAGAGGAAACAUUAAAAUCACUGGAAGAAAUAAUGGCUUUGAACUUCAAUCAGACUCCCACAACUACAGGAAAGCCUCCUGCUCUUUCCAAGGGGCUUAGAUCUCAGUCAUCAGACUAUACAGAACAUGUUCAUAGUGGAACAUACACAAAUACUUUAGAACGUCUAGUGAAAGAGAUGGAAGACACUCAAAGGCUAGAUGAACUGCAGAAGCAACUACAGGAAGACAUAAGGCAGGGCCGAGGUAUUAAGUCCCCCAUCAGAAUUGGAGAUCAAGACAGUACAGAUGAUGAGGAUGGCCUCUUAGAAGAGCACAGGGAAUUUCUAAAGAAAUUUUCAGUUACAAUUGAUGCUAUUCCUGAUCAUCACCCAGGUGAAGAAAUAUUUAAUUUCCUCAAUUCCGGAAAAAUUUUCAAUCAGUAUACCUUGGAUUUAAGAGACUCUGGCUUUAUAGGACAGAGCGCUGUAGAAAAGCUUAUUCUUAAAUCAGGAAAAACAGAUCAAAUUUUUUUGACAACACAAGGCUUCCUUACCUCUGCCUAUCACUAUGUCCAGUGUCCUAUACCUGUGUUAAAGUGGCUGUUUCGGAUGAUGUCGGUUCAUACAGACUGUAUUGUGUCUGUGCAGAUCUUAAGCACAUUGAUGGAAAUAACAAUUAGAAAUGAUACCUUCAGUGAUUCACCAGUUUGGCCCUGGAUCCCAUCAUUAUCUGAUAUAGCAGCUGUGUUUUUCAAUAUGGGAAUUGAUUUUAGGUCUUUGUUUCCUCUGGAGAAUCUUCAACCAGACUUUAAUGAAGACAAUCUAGUUUCUGAAACACAGAUGACAUUGGGAGGGAAAGGAAGUGAAGAUUCAUCUUGUAAGCCAAUUUUUUCAACUCUUCCUGAAACCAACAUUUUAAAUGUGGUUAAGUUUCUAGGCUUGUGUACAUCUAUACAUCCAGAAGGUUACCAGGAUCGUGAGAUAAUGUUGCUUAUUCUAAUGUUGUUUAAAAUGAGUUUGGAAAAACAGCUGAAACAGAUUCCUCUAGUGGACUUUCAGAGCCUCCUGAUAAAUCUGAUGAAAAACAUUAGAGAUUGGAACACAAAGGUGCCUGAACUCUGCCUGGCCAUAAAUGAACUGUCUAGUCAUCCCCACAACCUUCUGUGGUUGGUACAGCUGGUCCCUAACUGGACAUCUCGUGGAAGGCAACUGAGACAGUGCCUCAGCCUAGUGAUUAUUUCAAAGCUUUUGGAUGAGAAACAUGAAGAUAUCCCUAAUGCCAGUAAUCUUCAGAUAUCAGUCCUACAUCGCUACCUUGUGCAAAUGAAACCGUCGGAUUUGUUGAAGAAAAUGGUCCUGAAGAAAAGGGCUGAACAACCAAAUGGCACUAUUGAUGAUAGCCUUCAUUUGGAGCUUGAAAAGCAGGCAUAUUAUCUGACCUACAUUCUUCUUCAUUUAGUUGGUGAAGUUAGUUGUUCUCAUUCUUUCUCUUCUGGACAACGGAAACACUUCGUGCAUCUCUGUGGGGCUUUGGAAAAGCAUGUUAAGUGUGACAUUAGGGAAGAUGCAAGACUGUUUUAUAGAACUAAGGUAAAAGACCUGGUUGCCAGGAUACAUGGAAAAUGGCAGGAAAUAAUCCAGAACUGUCGGCCUACUCAGGGGCAGCUUCAUGACUUCUGGGUACCAGAUUCUUAACAGGAGUUGAAGCAGCAAAAAUAUGAACCAAGAGAAAUUCAAUAAGAGUUUUUCCUAGAGGAGUAGAAAGAAUACUACAAACUCCAGUGGAAUGCUUAGAAAAUGUGCUGCAGUGUGCCACUUGAAUGUCUAGUAUGAAGCUGGUAAUGAAGAAAUUGCCAUUUCUGAAGCAGAUAUGAAACGUGAUCUGCUUAAUUUUAAGGCAACUGGCCUUUUAAAAAGAGCAGAAUCCUAUAACAAGAGGGGAGGGGUAGAAGCAACUAAUAGUUGCAUGUCGAAUCUGCCCCUAUUAACUGCUCUUGUUAAACUGUAAGCCAGUUAUCCUUUUUUUUUUUUUUUGGAUUGUAUUUAUGGCACUUGGAUAAUCACAGGAAAUAUGUAGGAAAGGGUUUGGACCAACUUGAGCAGUUGGACAUGGAAAUCAAGACCAAGUUCCAGUUGAGUUUAAUUUUCUCUUGGUUAUUUUAGGACUCAAAAAGAAAUCUUAGAACUGAGUUUAAUGACAAAAAGGAUAAAUCUUUUCUGUAACUCCUAUAAACCACAGGGAGAUUUCAAUCCAUACAUUUUCCUUCACUAUUCAAGAUUAUAAAUCUGUUAGGUUUUUAAAAUACAUUUAAAGAGCUGAGAAACAGAAAUUUGGUAUAGUGUUAGAUCCUCCUUAAGGGGAAGAAGUUAAGCUAUAAAAUAGUAUCUCCGUUUUUAUGCCCAAACAUUCAUAUGCCGUUUGUUUUGGAUUCCUUUUAAGUGUAUAUAUAUUUUUUAAAUACUGGUUAAAUCUUAGAUUCUUGGCUAAAUCUUAGAAUUCUGGCCCUUGGUUAGCCAUAUUACAGAAGUCUAUAUUAUAGAAGCUUAACGAUCUGGACAAGUUUCCAAAAACCUUACUUUCAUGAGUAUAUAAGCUUGGUAGAGACCUGGAUGGAGUUUAUUCUUCGGAAUAUUGCACACGUUGUGUGUGCUUGUAUUUUAAAGUUGUUGCACUUGAAAACCACAGCUGCUCUAAAUUCUUAAACACUGGAAAGCCGUCCUUUGGUUUAAAUGGUGGAGGGUUAGUAGAAGUGCACAUGCUUAGCCCAAGGGCCCUCUGAAGCCUUUGGUAGUAAUGGACUCUUACUAGCUAACUGAAAAACUCUUUUGUUGAUUGUCCUUUUAGGACGGUUUGUUUCUUGAAUGAAAAUGCCAACUUUUUUCUUUCAAUGUUGACUUGGAUGACACUGCUUUCCUGAGCAUUCUCAUGUCUCCAGUUGUGGUGGGGGAAGGACGAUGGAGAGGAAGGGAAUUGGACUGCGCGUUUAUGAUUUGAGAGGGGAGAAAAUAAAUUUUGACAAAAUAGCUUUCUACCUCUAAAUUGAGGCUUAGGAGAAAAAAGCAUUUUAUCUUAAAUUUAUCAUUUACAAUAGUAUAAAUAACUUUUGAGCCCAUGUCAGGCAUUGAGCAGUUAGAGAUUUUAUAGGGAAGACUUAGUAAAUCCAGUUCCCAAGAACCCCAGCUGAAUGAGGCUCCAAGAGUCAGACCAACAAAAGUUUUAUUCUGUGUUGAGUUUACUGGUAAGAAUAUUAUUAUCUUGAUACUACCUCUCAAGGGUAUUAUUAGAAAAUGCCACUUAUGGUUAAUGAGAUAGAUACAAAGAGUUCUAUUUGACAGAAGCUUGAAACUCUGGCAUCUAUCUGCCCAACAACGGGGGCUUUCACUCUUUGUAAUUUAAUACUUUGUAGAUACAUUAUUUGUGUGUAAUUUUAUAAGUGUUCAUAUUUUUCUCAUUUUGCAUUGUGUAAAGUGUACAAAAUCUCAAAGGAUAAAAUACUGCUUAUAUUGCUUGUAAUUACAGUGUGUAAAUAUUUUCUAAUCGUGUACAUUGACGGGGGGACAAGUGGGUUAUUCAGGUUUUUUUUUAAGUGACCCUUUUGUAUCGCAGUUUCAACAGAUAACUGCUCAUCAAAUUUAAAACCACUUUGAUACGUUUUUAUUUAGCAGUUCCAAUAAGAAAAGUCUCUAUUUUUAAUUGCCUUUCUUCAUUAGAGAAAAAGACUUCAUCUGUCCCUUUAAAAAUGGCCAGACAUCGGUUUGGGCCCUUGUAUUUAUGACCCUGGUUAGAUAUCUCCAUCUCCAGGUCAUACUCCAGUCAGUAUUUGCAUUGGGUUCUCAUACAAAUCCUGUGAUUCUCUUCUAGCACAAGUAGCCCAUGACUUUUCUCCCAAAUCAAGGAUUAUCCUUCUCCCUCUUGAGUCCCCAUGUUUUGUCUCCCUCCUGCUGUUGUUGCCCAGCGAAUGGGAUGGUAGCGGGGGAGAAGAUGUUCAUUGCACAGAGAAUGUCAGGCCACUUUUGGGACUUGGCAAACAAAGCUUGCACUGAGUGGUGGUGUGUUUGGCAAUAUUACUGUGCCAAAAAUAAUCUUGUCUAAUUUUCUGGAUAUGUAUGUCAAACUUAUUACCCUUCUUGCAAGCUAAAAAUUAAGGUACUUGUAAGUGUUUAUGCUUUUGUGUGUAACUGUUUGCCUUUUCUAAACUGUUUUUCUCAUUUUCAGAAAAUAAUAAUUCUAUUCGUUAUAUCAUGUUAAGUGAAGAGGCUCUCUGUGCACAAAACGCAUCUAUGUAGCAGUAAAGUAACAGCAUUUGUACAUUUCCUAUCUCCUGAUGGCAGUGGUGCCUUUGUCACCUUUCAGAAGGUUGGCGUUUGGUUUUGUUUUGCAGUACAAAUAAUAGCUUGCUUUUGACUUCACAAAAAUCUCCCCAGAUGUGAAAGAGAGAUAAAGAUGUGUUGUCAUCCAGGCUCAGUUAGAGCAUUUGCAUUUUUAUUUCUAUCAAAACAAGUAUAGUGGGUGGGGACUGGCCAGUAAUAAUGUGUGGAGUCUUUAAACCAAGGGUAAUUUUUAAAUUUAAAAAUAAAAAAUUUAAGAGGUGACCCAUUAACAAGUGACUGAGUUGGAAAAUUAGGGAAGGGACUGUCCUGGUUUGUCUCUAAGGAGGCAAGAUGAGGGUACCGGUGGCUGGGCAUGUAGAGCAUGAACCGUGGUUGUUAUUUCUUACUCAUUAACAGUGUUGGUGCACCUCAUUAUCUGUGCAUUUGUUUUCCCUGGGCAGUCCUGUCAGUGAGUUAAUCCACCAGCUCUUAGGCAGUUCAAAAGUAAAUGCAGAUUUCUUUUCCUCUUUCCUUUUUUUUUUUUUUAAAGAUUUUUUUACUACAUCUUGUUUAAAGUCCCAUGAAUGUAUGUGUGUGUUAUUAAAAAUGCUUUUUCUCAGUUUGAA